AGCAGCACUGCAGCAACAAGACAAGUACAAGCCAGUAAGCUGCAAGUAGAUCGAGCAGAGCAGCAGUGAGCAAUGGCAAUGGCAGCAGCGGCGUCGCCGACCAUGGAGUUCGAUCAGGACCUCCCCGGCUUCCGGUUCCACCCCACGGAGGAGGAGCUCCUCGGCUUCUACCUCUCCCGCGUCGCCCUCGGCAAGAAGCUCCACUUCGACAUCAUCGGCACCCUCAACAUCUACCGCCACGAUCCCUGGGAUCUUCCCGGGAUGGCAAAGAUCGGGGAGAGGGAAUGGUACUUCUUUGUGCCGCGUGACCGGAAGGCGGGGAGCGGCGGGCGGCCGAACCGGACGACGGAGCGGGGGUUCUGGAAGGCGACGGGGUCGGACAGGGCCAUCCGGAGCACCGGCGACCCCAAGCGGGUCAUCGGGCUCAAGAAGACGCUCGUCUUCUACCAGGGCCGCGCACCGCGGGGCACCAAGACGGACUGGGUCAUGAACGAGUACCGCCUCCCCGACCCCGACACUGGAGCCGCGCCGCCCAAGGAGGACACGGUGCUGUGCAAGGUGUACCGGAAGGCCACGCCACUCAAGGAGCUGGAGCAGAGAGCCUUUGAGAUGGAGGAGAUGAAGCAGAGGCCCGGCGGCAACGGCCGCGCGGCCAGAGCAUGCCCGGUGCCGGCAGCCGGCGACUUCUACCUGUCGCCGUCCGACGACGUCCAGGACAACUUCCUGAUGCCCUCCUCCUCCUCGUCAUCGGUGGUGUUGUCCGGCAACAGCAGCAGCCACGACGCCCCCAGGGUAGCCAAGAAGGAGGCAGACCUCGCCACGGUGGCUGUGGCGUCGACGUCGUCUCUGCCGCAAGCGGCAAACGCGCCCUUCCGUCUGCAGCUCCCGACCGUGAACCCACCCUGCGGCCUCGAGCUCCCGGCGGCGAACCAUGGGAUGUCGAACUUGUGCAGUCUGCAGCUACCGGCGGUGAGCCAGGGUGUGCUGGAUCUGCCCAGCCUGCAGCUCCCGGCGGCGACCAACCAUGGAGUGUUCGACUGGCUCCAGGACCCGUUCCUGACGCAGCUGCGCAGCCCGUGGCAGGACCAGCAUUGCAUGUCCCCCUAUGCCCAUCUGUUCUACUAUUGAUCGAUGGACUGGAACUGGUGACGAGCUGACGGUCGAUCUCCAGAGGCAAGCUCAAAGCAGAGUUGAUGGUAAUUACUAGCUGCGAAUUCAGUUGUACAUAGCACUUCCAACCUAGACAUCCACCCAAUGUUACUUUUGUGCGUUUUAGCAAGGUGGUGAUGUUUAACAUGACAGUUGCAACUAAGAUGGCAAUGAAUUAACUUAGGAAACUGUUUUGUGUUUGCCA